UCAGGCAGAGAUGCGUCGCUGGCGUUCGUCACCGGAGACUUCACAGAAAAAGGACUGACGGACGACGUGUCCAGUCUGUCCCCGCUGCAGGUCAUCGCUCUCUGUGAUUGGCUGGCCUUCUACCAGAGGGACUACACACCUGCAGGUCUGCUGAUCGGCCGGUUCUACAGUGAGACCGGUCAGCCCACAGAGGCCCUGCUGCAGGUCCGAGCAGCACUCGCAGAGGGCCGCAGAAUCAAAGCCCAGUCUGAGGCCGAGAGGGUCCGUUUUCCAGCAUGCAACUCAGAGUGGAGCGCCGCCAGAGGAGGACGAGUCUGGUGCUCCACUAAGAG